UUGUUUGGUGUUUUUCCUUUUGGUAGCUUACCCAAAUGCUAACGCUCGCUUGCUCUGUUUCGCUAAAAACGUGUCAGCAGUGGAUUCGCCUACAGCUCAGGGACGAACUGCCAUCGGUACAAUGCCAAAGAAAAAGAAAAACGGCCACAGUGACAGUCCCGGCCGAGUUUCAGCACAUUCCGGCGAGUGUGAGGGCCGCCGUCACGGGGGAAACGGAGCCGCUCUAACACGGGCAGCCCCACGGGAGCAUCCUGCUAACUCGGGAUCCGGACUGGCCACUUCCAGCCAGUCGAUGUUUCAAAGCAAAGAUGAGAUAGCGAGGAACAUGCAAGAGAUGUUCUCGCACUUGGAUCCUGUGGUUAUUUACCUUGUGCUUUCUGAGGCCGAUUUCAGAGUGGAGAAUGCUAUGGAUGCUCUUCUGGAACUGUCUGAUGCCGCUGAAGGCAAAACCUCAACUACUCCACCACUUUCAGGGUUUGAGAUGGCAGCUGCUCUGUUGGACCCACGACCCCCUCAGAACCAGACAGAACCUUCCAAGAUGAUGUUGGAGGUUUCCGCAGAGUCACUGCAGAAAAUCAGCCCGGAAACAACACACCUAACAGAAGAGUUUGAUGCUCUUAUUGAUCAUGAACUGCAGACUUUAGCAUCACUCCAAAGUCAUGCUGGCAACCAACUUCCGCCAUCUUCCAUUCCUUUCUGUUCUUUACCUCUUCCCUCCCAGUCAAUCCCCUCGUCCUCUCUUCCUUCUCAAAACAGUCUUCCUGAUCACCAGGCCUUAUCGGAGCUUGACCAGUUGGACUUGGAAAGCGAUCCCAAAAUAGGCUCUUUGAGUGAGCGGAGCUCCAGCUCCACCCCCAGGCAUGGUGGUGGGGCAAGAGGAGGUGCUUCACCAGUAAAUGAUCUUAGCUUUGGAGGUGCAUCAUGCCCUCAAAAGAGAGACAUUUCUGUUGACUUCAGUCACUUGACGGAGAAUUCCGACACGAGGCCUUCUGCCUUUAAGGCCUACCGCCGUCCUGAUGCGUUUAUGAACCAUGUGGAUAUAACAGCACAUUCUGAAGGCCUGCACACGCCGGCUAUGUUCUGGAAUGUACAGGCUCCAGAGUUUCGGCCCCAUGCGGAAGAGCCUGUUUUCAUCACACCUGUAAUGAAAGCACGUAACCCAUGGAGGGCACAUCCUUUUACCACAGCGCAGUGGCUGGCGCACAGGUCCAUCAGUCAAGCUCCUCUUAAGCCCUCAGCCACUGUUCCCAAGUCAUGGACCCUUCCCCCUCAGAGUAGGCUUAAACUAGAGGGCCAGGUUUUAGUGCUGCUCAGAGGUGCUCCAGGAUCAGGAAAAACCACACUUGCCAAUGCCAUGUUAGAACAAAAUCCAGGUGGGGUGGUAUUAAGCACUGAUGAGUACUUCACCCAGAAUGGGACAUACUGUUAUGAGCCAAAUUUGCUAGGAGAGGCUCAUGCAUGGAACCAUCGGAGAGCAAAAGAGGCUUUUGAGAAAGGCUUCACCCCUAUAAUUAUUGACAACACCAACAUGCAGUGUUGGGAGAUGAAGCCCUAUGUUGCCCUGGCACUGAAGCACAAGUAUAGAGUGUUGUUCCGUGAGCCAGACACCUGGUGGAAAACUAAACCCAGAGAGCUGGAGAAACGUACUAAACAUGGAGUAACAAGGGAGAAGAUUCGACGUAUGCUGGAACACCAAGACCGUUAUGUAUCUGUUCAGAAUAUUAUGGCUUCAGAGCCCAAAUCCACAGCGGUGUUUGGUGUGGAUAUGGAUGUAUCACAAACAAACCCAACACAGCAAUCAUUACCACUUGUCCUAAGCCGUCCUGACCUUGUGGGUGACUUUGGGUUUGGUAAACCUGGUGGCCACCUGUCUUCCUCUCUACCUGAUGUCUCUUCAGUUGGUCAAAAAUAUAGCCAUAACUCAGCAAGAAUGGAUGCAGCAGCAGGUGAGAUUAUGUCACACAGUUCCAAAGACUCUGUGUCCUCCCAGGAGAAUGUUGUGGGACUAAUUGGAACGUUAGAAUCUGAGCUGCUAGAUGGAGUGGACUUGGACAGGGAACUGGAUGCCUAUAUUCCACUUUCUGAGAACACUGACCACAACAUAAAUGAAGACCCUGACGUGUUUGAAGAGAAGGUUCUGGAACAACCAGUGCCAUUUUCAGAGUCAAUUGGUCAGCGGAUAAGGAGAGUGAGAGAGCGUAGGAGAUUUGCAGAUGGAGUUGACUCCAGUCAGAAAUUUGAACUUGACGACCGCACUGUAGAGAAAGCUAGUCAGGAGGAAGGUGCUGAGGAGAAUGAUUCUGUUGGAUUGAAACCGCAGCUGCAAAACAUUGUGGGAGAUUGGCCGUCUGAAAGCCUUGAAAAGCGUGGGCAACGAAGUCGGAUGUCAGCCACUUGGACAUCGAAACACCCAGAUGAGCUAACAUCAAGCAUUGUAGAAGAUAGCAGUGUCCCUGAUAAUAGAUUGGUAGAGCAUUCUGAUUGUGAUAGCAAAAAUAAAACAGAGUUCCAGAAGCUUAUAACUCUUCUUCAAGGAGAUGACAGCCACCUUUCCCAAGAAGCAUCUUUGGAUAGGGACGAGCAGAACUCAGGCUUAGGGACUGAGGGGGAGAUGGUACACCCUGAUUGUGUUUUUGAGUGGCAGUUUGGAAGAUCUACUGAUCCAGGAAAAGAAAACUCUCAACUUCAAAACCCAGCCAAAGGACUAGUAUUAGAACAGGACGAUUACAAAAGAUGUACAAAGAAAGCAGGCACAGAGAUAGAAACUACAGCAAAUGGUGGGACGAGUGUGGAGACAGUGGAUUCAGAGGUGAUCGAUAAGCCCUGCCUGACCCCCGACACAGCUCUAACUUCGGGAGGUGAGGCAGAUCCUAACGCUGAAGUCAGCCAAGAGAAACGGAAAGGGCUUAGUCGCAGAGCAGGAAAGUCAUGCAGACUGGCACUUACUUUUACCAAUCAAAGCCCAUCUUUAGCCUGCCUACAAUCAGGGUCUCCAGAUGUUUCACCACAGCUACCAGACCUGAUGCCUUCACCUCAGCCAGAACUACAUUUAACAGCAAGCCUCUGUGCCUCAGUGCAAUCAGACCCGCAGGACUUUUCCCUGCUGUGGAGAAUUAGUCAGCAGAAAUGUUUUGCGGCAGAGUCAGACAGCUCUACCAGGGGCGUAGUUAUUUUGGAGGGAAACCCUCUGCGUUUUAUCCCUAAAACAAAUAAAGAGACAUCCUCCGGUCAGCAGCAGGGGGUGCCAUACCGUGUUUGUCAUGAGAAAGGGUCACAGGUGGAAGAGAGUGACCUGACACAAUUACCUUUAAAACAGCACAGUCUGGAGAUACUUGGACAUCAUUUUAAGCACAUCCCCAUUGAGACCUUGGAGGACCUGUAUGAAAAGUGUAAUCAAGACAUGGACUGGGCUACCAACUUGCUUCUGGAUUCAGGCGAACAGCUUUAUAGGGAGGAUGAUGAGGUUGCUGAAAAUGAUUUAAGUCAGGUUCCUAAAGAAGAACCUUGUUAUUCUCAGGUGCCUUCUCAUUUUUAUUUGCCUGAGGCGAAGAUGGAGUCCAGGGUGAAUGUGAUGGAACAGUCAAGCAGUGAGUGCUCUGAUCCACAGAGUAUAGUUCCAGGAAUCAGUGAUGACUGCAGUUCAGCUGUGAGCACUGAUGCUGGGGAACCUGGGGACAGUGUAGGACUCAAUCAAAGUGAACUAGUCCAGGCUUCAGAUGAUGGUGAUCAAAAGAAACAUUUAGAGCAACAACUUGAGCCAGAUCAUGGUGGUACAGUUGGAGGACCUGUGUGUAUGUCUGCACCAUCCAAUGUUACAGACACAAACCAGCCUGGAGGACAGCCCAGAACACAGCAGGAUCCAACAGUAUCUAAUUCCACAGAGUCAGAGACAGAAAGCCAACAGGCCCCACUACAGAAACUGACAUCAGUCUCACAGAGAGAGAUGUUUGACCAGUAUUUUGAUGAAGGGUGGAUUGAAGAAGAAGUAAAACAACAGAGGGAAGAGGAAGAUGGGGAGACAAAAGAAGUAGAUGUCAUAUCUCAGUCAUUCUUGGCUCAGCUUGAAGAUACUGAAAGCAAGGAGGAGGAAGAGAGGAAAGAAAGAAGAGGUCAAGGGAAAAAUGGACCUAUGGACAUUAAGAUGCUGGAGCUGAAACUACCAACAGAACUUGCUCUGCAGCUGACUGAGCUGUUUGGACCUGUAGGGAUCUCUCCAGGUGAGUUUUCCCCAGAAGACUGCUCAGUGCUUAUGGACCUUAACUUGGCCAAACUGCUGCAUCAGAAAUGGAAAGAAACCAUCCAGGAGAGGCAUAGACAAGCAGCUCUGUCAUACCAUUUACUGCAAGAGAGUUCUGUCCACUGGGGUGAAUCAGAGCCAGCCAUGAUUGGGCAGAGAGACUCAGCUGCUCAGUUUCUGAUUGGUACAGAUGGCUGUUCAUCACUUAGCAGCCAAUCAGGCAUUCAAGAAGGUUUUCCAUUUAUGGACCACUGGAAUGUGUCCCGUCCACCAGUGUCUCUCAGGAAUAUCAUGAUUGAGGAGCAGGUGAUGCAAGACAGCUUGGAGAAGUCCAGACUGAGUCGUUGGGAUUUGGACAAGAAGGAUGGAGCAGCCGUACUGAAGGAGAAGCAACUCUUCACUCUUUUUCCCACUAUUGAUAGGCACUUCCUGAGAGAUAUCUUCAGAGACCACAAUUACUCUCUGGAGCAGACAGAGCAGUUUCUGCACACACUAUUGGAUGAUGAACCUGUCAGAAAUGUAGUGGCUACCGAAGCUGUCCCUGAACAUAACGAGACGCAUAGAGCACCAAGUAAAGAGAGGAAGCAGAAGCAAAAGAAUGCAGAGCCAAAAGUAGCACAGUUCCAGGAUACAGAAGAUCCAGAGUAUGAAGACUUCCGUACAGAAGCCAUGCUUCAGAGACGACGGCAGCAGGAAUGUUUCACUAAGGCUGCUGAAGCCUACAGACAGGGACAGAAAGAUGUGGCUAGCUUCUAUGCACAACAGGGACACUUACAUGGCAAGAAGAUGAGGGAGGCGAAUCAUCGUGCAGCAGUGCAAAUAUUCAAACGUGUGAACGCUACACUUCUGCCACAGAAUGUUCUGGAUCUCCAUGGUCUACAUGUCGAUGAAGCCCUGCACCACCUGCAACAGGUCCUUGCUGAUAAAACCUAUGAAUGGCAGCAGGGUUUGUGCCGUCCACAGCUGGCAGUCAUCACAGGAAGAGGAAAUCACAGCCAAGGGGGCGUUGCUCGUGUCAGGCCUGCUGUUUUGGACUACCUCAAGAGCCAACAUUAUAGGUACUCAGAGCCUAAGCCUGGUUUGAUCCUUGUCACAUUGCAUUGAGCUGACCAACAAGCUGCUGUUUUGAAGCAACAUAUGUCUAUUUCUUUCCCUCUUCCUGUUACACAAUCUCCUCUCUUAUUUUACUGUAUUACCACUUUCCUGUUGCCCACCAGUGUCUCUCUCUCUCUCUCUCUCUCUCUCUCUCUCGUAUCAUAUCUCGUACGUAUAUAUCACAUUCUUCCGUCUGUAAACAUUGUGUAGAUAGUGACAGUGUUUAUGAAGUAUGUAUUCAAAGCAGUUUAUCUUGACAUCUUGAUGCCAUAUUUUGGCUGUAUGCAUGGUUUGAAUUGAAUGAUGCAAAGGUAUUUAAAGUAUUUGGCCCUUGUAUAUUUUGAAUACAUAUUUAAGGUUGAUUGUAUCAAUACUGAAUGUUAAUUCACAGUUAUGCAAAAGAAAAAACUAUUUAACUGUAAAGUAUUUUCUAGUAUUUACCUGAGACAAAUCAGGUACUUUUAUAUUUUUACACUAAAGAGGCAGAUUAUUGUGACUAAGUAACAAAUACAUAUAUCUAUACUUAUACCCUGAGCGCUGCAGUUAAACAAAAACUUGUGGACCAAGUUUGCAAAAGACGUGGAAAGAACAAUCAGGUGUUUUUGUUGUUUGAUUUUAAUCUUAUUUUAUUAUUUUCAACAGCUCAUUCUAAAAAAGAACAUGAUCAUUUUUAUUUACAUAUACUGAUAGCUAUCGAUCAUGCUAAUUCCUGUGAUAUUAAAGCAGUGAUAUUCAAUGCAAGUAGAAUCGUGUUAAACCAGAGAAAGCACUAAACCGAAUAGAACCACUGUCUUAAAGGGGAAUUCCAUCGAUUUUAAUCUUUGCCUAAUUCAGUUGGUAAGAUGUUAGUGGCCAUUCAGAAUGGUUUGAUGUGAAAUGAAUGAUUGUGGAGAAACUUACUGAUUCAGAUUUCUUUAAAGUGGUGUUGAUGGGAACCAGGAUUCAUAAAUAUAGCCAUUUAUACUAUACAUAGUAUAGUGAUACAUCUGAAAAAAUUUGUAUUUUGCCUUACAGUGUUCUGCAUGUGCAGCUUAAAAAUGUUUUAGACCAAAACCUUAUUUUAAACUUCACUCAUAAAACAAUGUUUCAGACAUCAGUCGAGUAUUUGUAACCAUUUCAUGUAGUGAUUUUCUGCGAGGGAACUUUUAGAGGCUUUACAGGCUUCAGACAUCUGGUUCCUGUCAUCACGAUUGUGAAUAAUUAGGAAUUGGUAAGUUUCUCUAGAACGGCCUUUCACAUCAAACCACUCUAAAUGAUAUUGUUUACAUCUUAACCAUUUAAUUAUUCAGCAAUUGGAUGGAAUUCUCAUUUAAAGCUGCAAACUUAAAGGACAAAGAAUUUAAAAAGAUUUUGACAUUAUUUGAUAUGGGGCCAUGUCCUUAAAGAAACAGUCAGUUUUUCCUCAAAAAUGUAUUUUGUAAAAAUAUAUAUAUUUUUGUUUGU